AUCAACUUGAAUCGAAAGGCAAUUGAUUAACAAGCAAAAAAUGGAUCAAGGGAUUUGGGCAGGAGCAGGUUCAGCCAUUGCCAGCAUAAUGUUCAUGUGGGCAAUGGCAUCCCAAUUCUUUCCCUCUCAAUUAGAGACCCACAUAUACAAAUACACAAGCAAGCUUCUUCGGGGUUUCUACCCUUUCAUAGUGAUCACCUUUGCUGAGUACAGCGGAGAGCGUCUGACGCGCAGCGAAGCUUACAGUGCUAUUCAGGCUUACCUCGGCAGCUCAGCCGCCGAGAACUCGACGCGAUUCAAGGCCGAGAUGGACAGAGACGAGAAGAUUGUGCUCAGCAUGGAUGAGCAUGAGGAGGUUACCGAUGAUUUUGAAGGUGUUAAGGUUUGGUGGACGUCUACAAAGACCACAACCGAAUCGAAGGGCUUUUCAUGGUACCCCGCACCCGAAGAGAAGAGAUACUACCGUCUCACGUUCCACAGAUCCCAUAGGCAUCUAAUCCACUACUCCUACCUCCAACAUGUCAUCAAACAAGGAAACGCCAUCAAAAUCCAAAAGAGACGGCGCAAGCUCUACACGAACAAAUCCCGCUACAGCCAAGACAACUACUCCUACACGAAACACGAAUGGACCCACGUCCCCUUCGAACACCCAGCGACAUUCGACCACAUCGCGAUGGACCCGAUCAAGAAACAAGACCUCAUCAAAGACCUCCUCACGUUCAGAGAGAGCAAGGACUACUACUCGAGAAUAGGAAAACCGUGGAAACGAGGGUAUCUGCUCUUUGGUCCGCCAGGGACAGGGAAAUCCACGCUGAUCGCCGCGAUGGCCAACCUCUUGGACUACGACGUGUAUGAUCUCGAACUCACCGCGGUCAAGGACAACACGAAGCUGAGGAAAUUGCUGAUAGAGGUUACGAGCAAAUCGAUCAUUUUGAUUGAGGAUAUCGAUUGCUCUUUGAACCUGUCGGGCAAAAGAGAGAGAGAGCAUGGGGAACGGAAGGAGAAGAAAGACGACGGAGGCGGGGAGGAGGUGGACGAGAGCAAGGUGACGCUCUCGGGGCUCUUAAAUUUCAUAGAUGGAUUAUGGUCAGCUAGCGGCAGCGAGAGGUUGAUAGUGUUCACUACUAAUUACGUCGAUAAACUGGACCCGGCUCUUAUAAGGAGAGGGAGGAUGGAUGCGCACGUUGAGCUCUCUUACUGCACAUUCCAAGGGUUCAAGGUUCUUGCGAGGAACUAUCUGGGUAUUGAGGAUCACGCACUGUUCGGUGAGAUUGAGGGGUUGAUGGAUAAGAAGAACAUUACGCCGGCGGACGUGGCCGAGAAUCUGAUGCCCAAGGCCAAGGGUCUUCAAGGGACGGGGAAUGGGCAGGUCGAGGCUUGUUUGCGUGAUUUGGUCCAAGCUCUAGAGGACUGUGAGCAAGUCUUAAAAGGGCGAGGAACAAAUCUGGUAGAGGUUCGUUAAACGUAGUGCAUUCCCUGAUGAAGUUCAGUAAUCUUAUGUACGUUAAGAAAUUAAGCUCUCAGAAGCUGCAGUGUGCUUUUAUUUCUUCAGCGUUGUUAAUUAAUAAUGAUCUUCGGACGCUGCUGUGCACUGUACGCAUCACAUGCAGCAUUUUGGUGCCCAACUAAAGUUGCAGGGUUUUGAUUCUGGU